UGUGUGGCUGCGGCGGGCGCGCGCCGGCGGGGGCGCGCGAGGGCCGGGCGCGCGCAGGGACGGGAGAGGCGGGGGCGGGGGGGGGGGGGCGCGCGGCGGGGGGCGGAGGAGGAGGGGGAGGAGGGAAGGGGGAGGCGGCGGCGGCGGGGUCCUUAAAGGGGCAGCGCCGCGCGGGCGCGUAGGGAGAGGCGGCGGUAGCAGCAGCUGCGGCGCGCAGCACCUGCCCCGGAGGCGGGGCGCCCCCCGCCCUGUGCGAGCGAGGCGGGAGAGGUGCGGAGCCCUCGUGGCGUCCGUCCAUCGGGUCCUCGACAGCUGGGCCCCGCGAGGUCUCCGUGGUGCCUCUGUGGAGCUCCUUGCUUCCUCUUGUACUUCUUUAGCGUCUGACUGACUCGUGUGUGUCUUUAGGGGUGCUGUGGUGGUGGUGUUUUCUCAGGUCGUGGUCCCUGUUUGCGCCCAGGGGCGUGUGGGGUGCGGGAUAGCAGGCAGGUGCCAGCCAGGCUUUGUGCUUCCACACAGAUGCAGUGCGCGCCCUUACGGUAACGCGGCCCCUGCAGCGUGGCGAGUGCCCAGCCCUGGCUGCAUCCCGCUGUGCACGUGUUGUGCGGGUUGUGCUGCCCAGGGAACCCAUGGAGGCUGUAUCAGUAAUGGUAUGGCCGGGCCUUGCCAGUGCUGGAGCAUCAGACAGCAAGAAAUGCAGCGAGUGCGUUUUCUAAAUGACUGUAAAACCAAAUAGCACAAUUAUCCUCUUCUGGGUCUGUGUGUAACCAUAUAUAGUCAUUAAGUUUAGCAAUUCACGUUUAUUCCGUCUGAAGACUCAGUUUUCACUCUUCUUGGUAUGUCAUUGUUUUUAUUCUGGGAGUUGUUUUGAAUUUCUUCAAAUAUGCCCUAUUGGUUUGUUCUGUGUCGCCUAUGGUGCAUUUUCUCAGUAGACUGCUUACUGCUCUGCGUCUUUCUGUGGUAUCUUAUGAUGCAUAUAACCCCAUGAAAGCUUCGGUGUAGGUUUUGCACUGUGUUCCUCACAUAAGCUUCAAUUCACUAAACGGUGGAUGGAAUGGCUCUGUCAUAGCCUACAGCUCCUCACAGGGAGCGGAGGGGCAGCGCUGAGCUCUGCUCUGUGUGACAGCGACAGGGCCCGAGGGAACGGCAUGGAGCUGUGUCAGGGGAGGGGCAGCUGGGGGUUAGGGACAGGGGCUGCACCACAGGGCAGUGGGCAUGGAAAGGGCUGCCCAGGGCUGUGGGCACGGCCCCCAGUGCUGGAGUUCAGGGAGCAUACGCACUCUCAUUCCUGGUCUGAUUUUUGAGUGGUGGUGCAUGGAACCAGAAGUUGGACUUGAUGAUCCUUGUGGGUCCCUUCCAGCUUGAGAUAUUCUGUGAUGUUCUUUGUUGGGUAUAGUAGGGGAUGGUGCACUGCACUGAGACUUGAAAGUCUCUUUCUCUUCGUUCUCACUGAAGUGAUUUUGGGGCAUUUGUUUUCAGUCAGUGGCAGUGUAUCCUUGUCUGUGUACGUUUUCAUAGCUGUUCCUCAUCCAAGGUAGAUCUCUCAUAGAGUGCUGUGCUUGACAGUCGCUUGUCUUGUUAGCAUUUCCUUUGUGCUAAAGGCAAAACAGAACUCUCUUACAUUUUGUAUUACUGUUACAGCUGCUUUAUCUAUGUGUCUAUAAAUGUUUGUAUGUAUACACACACAUAUAUACAAACUUCACUUUGUUAUGCUAACUACAGUUGCUGCUGCAGCAAAUGUGGGAGUGUUUGAGACACAGUUCAGUUCCUGGAGGAGCGUGACUCUCCUGUUAUUGAGGCACAUGCAAAGAGCCAGGAGUGAACGAUCCGCAGAGCCUGUGGUAAUGAGGUGCUGGUGGCACCAUUACGUCCCAAACAGAGAGAGAGGUGCGGCCCAGGCUGUAUUUCAGAACGUUGUGUAAUGCUGUGAGAGCCGAAUGCCGCCUUUGCAAUACCGGCGCACGUGGAAGUUUGCAAUAAAGCAGGUGAAUAUUUUGAUGUCGGAUCUGGGUCGUUUUUAGUGUGUGAAAUUUCAAAUUCCACGAAUGUGAUUUCUCUCUCUCUCACAGCAGCUGCUUGCUUCAGCCGUGCUUGUUACAAGGCUGUAGGCUAACAAAUGCAAAGUCUCACGGGAGGUUGUUUUACCACAGCUCAGCGCUGUUCAAAAUGUAAAACAACGUAUUGCUCUUCUAAGCAGGGGAGUCCAGGAGCAAGAAGAAAGCUGCGAAUGGAGUGCCUUCCUUGGCUUGCUUGCUGCAAGAUGUUACCCAAGUAUUUUAUCCUGCCCAUUACAGCUCUCCAUCAGAUAAUCAAAUGCUAAAGGAUGCAUGUUUGUUGGCUGAUUCUUCACUAAUGCUGUUUCGUAUCCUGGCUUUGUAACACUGCAGUCACAAAUAGAGCUGGAAAUAGGGUAGAAAACAGAGACAGCAGGAGUCUGGAAAUAUCAGUCUUUUGGGUACUGGAGCAUUACUGUUGGUUUAUCAAUAUAAUAAAGGGGAAUAACUUGGUUUCUUUCCUUGUCUUCACUUAAUUUCUUACGCUCUAUGAUGUGAACAUGCUUGGUUGUUCUUAAUGCAGUAACUACUCCAGGCUACAAUCUCCUUUUUCUCCCUAUAUAUAUAUGUGUAAAAAAGACUAUUAGGUAUUAAAGAGGGAGGCCAUUUCAGUGCUUACACACUAAAAGGAGAUUUUUUGAAAAUGAGAGGCAAAUAACCAAGAUAAUCAUACCCUUAGCUGGGUACUGAGACAAAAAGAGUCUCUAUGAUUCACUGUGAAUAUGAUGACUUUCUGCUGAUGUGCUGAAAGAGGAAUACAUUUUUUCUGUACCACUCAACUUUAAUUUAUAUUGUACUUGGGAGCCCUUUGAAUUCCAUGCAUUUUAUUUUGGGUACAGAGGGAAUACGGAAAUCUGGCUAUACUUCAUAUCCUGCUUAGUCUUUUUUGAAGCAGCACAGCAAACAGAGCAACGGAAAAGGGUAUUACAAUGCUUAGCACUGAAAAAAGUAAAUUCCAAGUCUUUUGAAUAGAAAAGAAGCAGGUUUAUAAGACAAACUGGGGCUUCAUACAUAUUUAACAUGCCUAGAGAAUGGAGAAAUGAGAACGUAUGUGCUAUGUUGUGUGGUUUCAUAGAAUCACUAAGGUAGGAAAAGGCCUCUAAGGUCACUCAGUCCAACCAUCAGCCCACCCCCACCGUGCCCACUGCCCACGUCCCUCAGUGCCACAUCCACACGGCUCAUGAACACCUCCAGGGACGGUGACUGCACCACCUCCCUGGGCAGCCUGUGCCACUGCCUCACUGCUCUUGCUGGGAAGAAAUUUUUCCAAAUAUCCAGCCUCUCCGGUGCAACUUGAGGCCAUUACCUCUCAUACUAUUCCUGUUAUCUGGGAGAAAAAGCUGACCCCCACCUCGCUACAACCUCCUUUUGGGUAGUUGUAGUGAGCAAUAAGGUCUCCUUUGAGCCUCAUGCUGUCCGGACUGAAGAACUUUAUAACUAAAGAACCACCAGAUCUGUCUGUGAUCACAUAGUUCGUGUGUUCUGGCCCACUUAGGUGUCUGUGGGUCAUGACACCAGCAGUGUCAGCAGUAGAUCUAUCCUGUGUGGUUUUUUCUUUUUAUUUUCUUCUAAGUUGUUUUCAGUAGCUUUUUUCUUAGUCAUACUGAAAUUUGCAAUUAUGAGUAUGUUUGAGUUAUUCCAGAAAGUUUAGGCUAAAAUGAAUCGGCAUUUUGAAAAAGACAUUAGGAGAAAGUAAAUGUGCUAAUGAAAACAGGAGGGAAAGUGGUUUUUUGGCUUAUCUAAGAGCAACUCAGCACUUGGGUUCUAGAAAUUAGAAUAGCAGAGGAGGGGAAAAGGGAGCAUACGCAUUGACAUAGCACGUACGGCUGCACCUAGAGAAACUUUCAGCAAAUUACAAGCUCUUGAAAAACUGCAUCAGGUGUAUAACUUGGCAAAUGUUUAUUAAAUUGCUUUAAUAUUCCAUAUAUCUUGAGUAUCGCCCUGUCUCUUGGUGGCUGCGUGUCACCUGACUGUGCAGUCAUCAUCUGGACCAAGCAGUUAAGCAUGAUGCCUCCUGCAGCAUUAGGCAAUGGGUAAGUUUAAUCCUGCAUAGCCUUUUUCAUCUGUGCUGCUUCCCCAACCCCAGAGCGCAUAGAUGCAGUGGUACUGAUGGAGGGGUGAAGACUGGUCUUUGGGGAGGGUGGGGAGCAGGGGCUGAAGCCAGAAGGGAAUGCAGUAAGCCCAGGAGCCUGAAGAAAUUACCAAUAGUCAUAACUGGAGGGGAUGAGAAGUCAGUGAGUGAGGAAGAAGAGUGAACAAGGAAUAAGGGUGGUAGGUGACUGGGGAGCCCGAGGAAUGUGGAUGGGACAGCCGGUUUGCUCGUGCUCAACCAGAUGUUGGAGUUAAAAAAGAAAAGGUGGUGGAAAACUUGCUGGUCAGUUGCAGCUGGGUUUGACAGUUACAGGACUGGGAUUUCAUGUUUCUUUACUUCAUUCAACUGGCCCAAGUCAGUGUUUCAUUGAAGGGCUCCGAAAUCUAUUGAAAACCAUUAUUUACUGAGAGAGAGGUGAGGUGCUGGCACAGCCGCUCAGAGAGGCUGUGGAUGCCCCAUCCCUGGAAGUGUUUAAGGCCAGUUUGAAUGAGGCCCUGGGCAACAUGAUCUAGUACUUGACGUGGCGUCUGGCAACCUUUCCUGUGGCAGGGGGGCUGGAAAUUGAUGAUCCUCGAGGUCCCUUCCAAACCAAGUCAUUCUCUGAUUUCUGAAAUCAUUGAGGACAUAAAGAUAGAACCACUGAUACUGGAACAUUUUAAUCUUAAGCUCAAAAAUGCAUAGAGGCGUUUUUGCUUGCAUAUUCAACACCUUAAGUCCAUUUUAAUGGCAGUUAUUAGUUUAAUAAAACUCAUCAUCUUCCUUCAAUUGUAUGUCAGUAACGUUAAGAUUUGUCUGUCGUGGAAUCAUUAGAAACUUUUAACAGUUUUGUGAUAAGAAUGUUAGGAAACCUCCACGCCUAUGAAAUGACAUCCUACAUAAAUGUCUGGCUAAUCUUGUGAAGAAUAUUUAAUAGAAAUAAAGGCAUAGUACGAUCAGUGCUUAUUUUGUGUCUUCUUUAUGAAAAUAACUAUAAACACAACACAUGAUUAAUUUCAGUCACUGGCUGCUGAUAGAAAUGAUAACUAAAAUAGAGCUUGCCAGUGCUUUCGGUUUAAUUUAAAGGAGAUGUUGCAAUGAGCUUCUCCAGAAGUAAGAGAGCCACAGCAACCUUGUGGGGAUAUUCCAGAGGCUGCCGUGGCAGAGAUACAGAGCUGGCUAUGGCACACGGGCAAAGAUGGUGUUUGUCCAUACAGGGAGUGCUGGGGAAGUGGGGAAGGUGGGCUUCUGCUUUAUUAAUAAAAUUGCGUUUGAAAAAGUCAUUAAGUAUCAUUAGGUAAGAAAGUGGUAUCAGAAUCAGUUCCAGCUGUGUAACUGCUGAUUCACACCCUCCGGUCUUCAAGGGUUCUUCGGUAGUCUUUCUAAUGUGGUCCUCUUAACACUAUAGCAGCAAGUCAGAUACCACGCUAUCAUUUGAUAGUAGGAAGUCUUAAGUGUUAUGAUGACAGCAUAUUGGGUAAAUCUUGAAGGGAAAAAUAAUUCUUCUCCGUCCUGUGAUAAGUAGACACAUGUGAGGAAUUCACGUGCUAGGGUACACAAGCAAGGACCAUGGAAGUCCUUCAGUUUGCAGUGUUAAGAAGAAAAUAUAGCAAAAGAUUCAUCCUUUACUGUGUGGACAUUUGGGUAGUAUGAGAGUAAUGGGAAGUAUUUUUGCUUCCUUAAGCUCUAAUCCCUCAGGAGGCUCGGAGCAAUUAGGGAAGGAAGCUUUCCUUUCCUUCACAUUUUGUUUUCCUUUUAUCAGAAUUUCUUUCUAGUCCCCAUAGUUCUUUUCUACUACUUUAUGGAGCUAAUUACAGUGUGAAAUGGGUAGGAGAAACUGAGAUGCUGCAGGAAGUUUCUUGAUGUGGAGAACCUUUUAACAGUUGGAAGAAUGAGGUUUUCAUGCCCGUGAGGAUUACCUUCUGCAAUGCCAAGAGCUACCUGCAGCCAGGAUACCCAGCAUGCUGACGUGACAUCAUUUUAUGACUAGAUUGGAAUAGAAUUCUUUCUUGUUAAGAAGCACGACGGUAAACAGGCAAUUAUGCAAACCAUGAACAUGAGCUAUGGUGAUGUGUGCAUCCCCAGAAAUGUGCUGGUGCAAACCCAAAGGGUGUAGGCAGAGUUAAGGAGCUGGAGUUCUUGACAAGACCCAUCUGCUUUUGUUGUUGCGCCUUGAGAAAUGUAUAUUACCUUAUGCAUCCUUAGUAUCUAUUUUGUAAGUUAUUGCGUGUGUAAUUCCAGCUUGUAAAGUGGCACCAUUUGUUAUAUAUGGAAUACUUUUUCAUAUUUAGUACCUGCAAAUAGGAGAAUUUCCAGAAUCCCUUUAAAAUAGGGACAGCAGUGUGCUCAAUGAGUAUGAACUGCUAAAGGGGCACACAUCUUUUCAUGAGAUGGUCUGCUGUUCACGAUACCAUAUGAUGCUGUGUGGUGAUGCUUGGAAGAUAAAACCUGUGAUACAAAUACGUUGUAUGCCUUCUUAUCAAAUGGAAUGAUAUGAAAAAAAGGAUGGUGUGGAGAAUUAAUGGAACAACAAAGCAGUACAUACAGCAUUGAAGACGUCUUGCUGAAUAAAGCCCGUAUUGUAUAGAACUGUAGAAUCAUUAAGGUUGGAGGAGACCACUGAGAUCAUCUAGUCCAAAUGUCGACCCAUCACCACCAGUACAUGCAUGCAAGAUUCAACAUGCAAAGAAAGGUUAAUGGUAGGUUGGAGCCUCAAUUUCUGAAUAAAAAUCACCCUUAGCAAUGGAUUUUAAUUUAAUUUAAAUUUUCAGUUUCUUAAAGCGAAUUUCAUCUCAUCUUCAUCCAGAUUAAUAUAUAGAUAACUUUAUUGCAACACCAAACAAUAAAGGGAAAAAAGUGACACAAAGUAAAUCUCAUUUUACUGCAGCAGAAAAUUGGUUUUGUGGCUUUUUUUAGGGCUCUUCUCCCAAAGAAAUUGACAGCGUAGCUGUUGUGUAAUAAUCGUUGAGCUGUAUUUGUGUAGUGUAACUCCCCGAGGCAGGUAUUAUACUCCUGAACAGGAACAUAAUCUUUCUAAAAGUAUAAUAUUUCUAAAUAAUGACUAUACUUUGUGAGUACGGAAGAUAGAGGAAAUGAAAGUCACCUCGCUGCUGAGUAAGGACUGCAUUCUCUUGGAGUGCAUUUUUAAUAAACUUGUGUGCAUCAACUUCACAUUGAUUUGUUUCUCUUAAUUUAACUCGACGUCCCUUUGUAGGCAGGUCGAUGGAGAUAAAUAACCACUGCAGCAAAGGUAGAAUAAACCUCUGCUGGCAAGUUGUCAUAUGUACUCUGUGUUUUGCUUUGUUAUUUUGAUUCUAAUUAUAAGAAUAUAAAUGUAUUUUGUCCUUAAUGUAUGCUAAUAUUUGUAGAUCUGAAUGUACGCACAGGUCUUUGUUUCUUACUGGCUGGCAUGCAAAGUGAGAGUGGCUGAACGCAGGGUUCAUUUAUGCUUGAAUGAACAAGGUUGUAUUUUACUCCAUAAUAAAAACCUAAGCCUUUAAGUGACGAAGCAAGUGGCCAUUUGUUCUGGUUUCAUAGUUAACUGUCUUCUUUAUGUUGAUAACAUGAUUUUAAAGCUUGUCUGCAGGAAGAAUAAAAGGGAAAAAACAAAUGGGCAACAAUAAUUCAAAGUGUAGGCUCCACAGUGCCUUGUUGUUGUCUCCAUCCUUUAACAGGUGAGCUGCUCCCUGUUCUUGCCUCCUCUGAGGUAUGUGGGAGGACAAAACAUGCAAGCUCAGAUCUCUAUCGUUUUCUUCUCUCACACGUUCUAAGGUUUCUGUCGUGCACCUGGUACAUCAGUGGGACUCACUCUGCUGGAAUGAGAUAAUGGUGUCCUCAACCCACUGAAGGAGAAGGAGUCUCAAAGAAAUAGAUACCGUUGUCCUGUGAAGACUGGAAGCUCAGAAUAACUAUAGCACAGUUGUAGUGUGUCUCUUCCCAUUCCACAAGCUGCUGAAGAUGUUGUGCACAUGCUAUCUGAAGAUGGAAACGUGUGCAGCUACACCAUGACCCAGAGCCAGGGGUACGGCCUGCACCUCAGGUGGCACGGGCUGCCACAAGGCAACUGUGGGACUUGAGCCAUAACUCCAACUAAUGCUUAAAGAGAAUGCCAGACAUGAAUUGGUUUGUGUCAUAAAUCACACAGAAACGAAUAUUUCCCAAAGUAUUAAAUGACGAAGAAAAUGAUACUUCUGAAUUCUGAAGUCCCUGUUGAAAAGUAUUUGUACUGAUGAUGAUUUGAUGCAAUUAACAUUUUCUUAACCAUGAUGGCAACACAGACAUUAAGUAUAGACAACUAUCAAGAUGGACAACCGAUGCAAGUAGUGACAGAGUUAAAAACUGAACAAGAUCCAAACUGCUCUGAAACUGAUGCAGAAGGGGUGAGUCCUGCCCCUGUAGAAUCUCAAACUCCAAUGGAUGCAGACAAGCAGGCCAUUUACAGGCACCCACUAUUUCCCUUGUUAGCACUACUAUUUGAAAAAUGUGAACAAUCUACACAAGGAUCAGAAGGCACAACUUCUGCAAGUUUUGAUGUAGAUAUUGAAAAUUUUGUAAGGAAGCAGGAAAAAGAAGGAAAACCUUUUUUCUGUGAAGAUCCAGAAACUGAUAAUCUGAUGGUAAAAGCAAUCCAAGUUCUACGUAUCCAUCUGCUUGAGCUAGAAAAGGUUAAUGAACUUUGCAAGGACUUCUGUAGUCGCUACAUUGCCUGCCUGAAGACAAAAAUGAACAGUGAAACUCUAUUAAGCGGAGAACCUGGAAGUCCUUAUUCACCCGUGCAAUCUCAGCAAAUGCCAAGUGCCAUUGCAGGCACGCUCAGUCCCCAAGGGAUUAUGGUGCCAGCAUCAGCAUUGCAGCAGGGAAAUGUAACUAUGGCAACGGUAGCAGGAGGGACAGUAUAUCAGCCUGUUACUGUGGUCACUCCACAAGGUCAAGUGGUGACGCAAGCAUUGUCACCUGGGACUAUUCGGAUCCAGAAUUCUCAGCUUCAGUUGCAAUUAAACCAAGAUCUAGGCAUCUUGCAUCAAGAUGAUGGCUCAUCAAAAAAUAAAAGAGGAGUUCUUCCCAAGCACGCUACAAAUGUGAUGAGAUCUUGGCUAUUUCAGCACAUAGGGCAUCCAUAUCCAACAGAGGAUGAGAAGAAACAGAUUGCAGCACAAACAAAUCUUACGCUACUCCAGGUUAACAAUUGGUUUAUCAAUGCUAGAAGACGAAUUCUUCAGCCAAUGCUGGAUUCCAGUUGUUCUGAAACUCCGAAAACAAAGAAGAAAACAGCUCAGAACAGACCGGUUCAGAGGUUCUGGCCUGACUCCAUUGCAUCAGGAGUUGCUCAGCAGCAAUCUAAUGAGCUCACGAUGUCAGAUGGUGCUGUUGUAACAAUUACAGCUCCGGUAAACAUGAAUGUAGACAGUCUCCAGUCCUUGUCAUCCGAUGGUGCUACAUUGGCCGUUCAGCAAGUUAUGAUGGCGGGGCAAAGUGAGGAUGAGUCUGUAGACAGCGGUGAAGACGAUGGAGGAGAUCUCUCAACGACAAAUAUCAGUGGGCUGGUUUUGGAUAACAGCGAUUCUCUCCAGUAGGGAGCAUGAGAGUGUGACACAACGUUUAGGAAAAAGAAUGGACUGACUGACUGUUUUUAUAGUUUGCACAGCAAACAUUUUACACAAGUUUUAUUUCUAAUAUGUUUUAUAUGUAGAUAUAGAAGGGUGCACUUUUUUGUAUUUCAUAGUAAGCUUAAAGAGUGUUUUUGCAGGUGCAGCAACUUCUUUCAAAUGUGUUUGUUUUUUUUUUCAUUUCAUUUUUCUUAUUUCAGAAAAUUUUAUCUAGUAAUAUAAAGAACCACGUAAGCACCCCUUUAUUCUCUGAAUUGGAAGUGCUGCCAUUUCUAAAGAAUUAUGCAGUUUCAAUUAGUGCUGUUAUUUAACACAGCUCUUGAUGGGCAGGUGAUGUAAAUUUAAAGCAUGUGAGGAACUUGAUCGUUAAGUUUGAUGCGUAUAUUUGAAAGAUGCUUCUGCACCUUAAAAACUGCUAGUCUGAGGUGGACAGCGACACACACAAAAAGAAAAAGGUGAUGUGUGAUUCAGUAGCGAAUGUAUGGCAACUUAAAUAAGUUUAGUUUCUCUCAUAGUCCAUGAGCCUGUUUAUCAUUUGCUAUAAAAACUCCUAUUUUUACCUUACUGGGAUUAUUGGAUAAAAAAUAUUUUUAUAAAUUCAUGAGGAAUUGGGAUGACGACUGUAUUAUGCAGGAGUUUAAACAAAAAAAAAAAAUUUCCAGAGGGGAAAAAUAAAUGUUUAGUAUUCCUAUUUGGAAGGUCUGAAAACUGACCAAAUUUAAUAAAAAAGCCUACGCUAGCACUCUGAUUCUCAGCUACCCCACAGUGAUAGAGUAAACAUAUAUUUGAUAAUAGCAUAAGAAGGGCCUGCUGUUUGAUGGGGUUUUGAUAUUGUCAAACGUUGAUUUAUAUUAUGUGUAAUAUUCAAAUUACAUUAACUCUGUGUCUAGACUUGUAUCUGAAGAUAUUUGCUAAAAGAAUAUUCAGGUAAGUAAAUUCAAAUACCCACAACAUUUCCAGUUAUUAGAGAAAUGUAAGAGUUUAUAGUUUGUAGACCUGAUUCUGAAAAGCUAAAAGUUGUGUACUGUACCGUUAUGAAUUUUUCUAUCACUCCAUUGCAUUGAAAAUAUUUUCCCCCACUACAAAAAGAAGUAAUUUAUGGGUUCAUAUAGAAGGUAUUCAAAUCUGAAGGUCACUACUGGAGUAUACAGCAGGCUUUAUUAGAGUAGAAGAUCCUUGUUUGUCAUUUAAAAACAAAGAACUAGUGAUGAAAAUAUGUUUUGUGGUAACAAUUAAUUUCACCCCGUCCCUCUCUUCCCCUCCAAAGUUUGGAGUCUGUAUUUAUCUGUGAACACUUACUUUUGGAACUUGGUAUUUCAAAUAACAGACUCCAAGAGUCACGGUAUGAUCGAUGUUCUCUUUUUAACCCCGUCCCUUUGUCCCUGUGUUGGGUUAGAUCAAAGCCAGAAUUCUCUUCUCAUUAAGACCAAAUCUAGUUGCAUUUCUAACAUGACAGGGAAAAGGAUGUUAGCUUGCAGAAUCUUCAAACAUCUUGUUUGAGCAGAACUCUCUGCAAAUAUUUGAGUACUUAAUUUCUGCUUUCCUAAAUACUCAGGCAUGUGCUUUAGGUCCCAUUGAUUUCUGUGGGAUUAAAGCAUGUACUUUUUUAUAUGCUUAAAUGCUUGGAAGUAGGUCUUUAAAGACUGCGUUACAAGGCAAGUUCAAAUUGGUAUGAAGAAAAAAUUCAGAAAGAAAUGGCAGGAUCACUGGUACCCAUACAUGUACAAUAAUACUAGUUUUAAGUGAUUGGUAGCUGUUUGAAAAACUGAUGUUGGGACUUACUCAACACUAGUGAUGUUUCUGCAAUAGCUUCCAUUUAUUCCUGGCUGAGGAUUUUGCUUCUGAGUUCAAAUCCUGUCAUGAUCUGCUGCAGCUGGAGUGAUAUCUUCUAAACAAUUUUGGUUUUCUUAAGUUCUCUGCUUUGCUGCUCAUGCACCGCAUUUGUUAAAGGGCAUAGCAAAUGACUGACAAAAGACAGCAUGGCUAUCCCGAAAGCUAUUGUCAAAUCCAUUUGAACCCCAAAAUAUUUUAAAAGACUGCUAUCAUGUACAAAUCAUACUCCUUAGGAAACAUUCAACCUACUGCUCCUACGAAGGAUGCCAGAGAUAACUAGAACCGAAAGACACAUUCUAUUGUUCUUAGUUGUCUUCUGUUUUAACUCCAAAAGCACUUCCCUUUAUGUAACUGGCUAUGCUUUUGGUUUCUGUGAGGAGAUUAUUCAGCUGCCCUUGUUCAUAUUUAAUAACGGCUCUUAUCUUUGUACUUGUAGCACGUAGGCAGAUGAAUAAUGACUUCUCAGUGCGUACAGGGCCAUGGUAAAAUCUGUUCUUCCAAAUUGGCCUAGAAGGAAAUUUGUGCUAGAAGAACAAACCAUUUCUCACUGUCUCCUUUCCCCUCCAUGACAAGUUGUUGCUCCCCCAGGUCUACCAGCAGAGCUUUCCCCGUCGGCUUCUCAAGGCAGGCAAGGAAACAGCACAGCAGUGGACCUGGGAGGGCAGUGAUAAGCCAGCAGUGAAAGGAGAAGGGUGAACUAAAGCAGAAUUAAGCUCUUCUUUUUCUAUUAUUUUCUUAAGACUAUUAAAAUGGUUUAGUAUCUGUACUGCUGGCUGGAAUAUGUACGGUUUAUCUGCCAUUUUGAACCCAGUUGAAAAUAGGCAUCGGAGCUUGCAAACUUCAGAAAGCCUGUUUUUUCACAACGAAAACAUUACCAGCUUGGCUUCUCCAUCCCUUUCUUCCUCACACACACCUCACUCCUUGCAGUUUUUCUCCUGAGAGUACUGUGACCUUCUCUUUGUAUAAAUACCCGGAAAGUAAAACUGACAGAAGCCCCUAUGAAAGGGAGAAUGGGAAAUAGUUCUGUUGUCAAAUUAGAAACAGAAACAGUUAAUUAUUAGAACAAAAAAGGUUUACUGAUAUAAUCAAAGGUAUUACUGAACAUAUAGAACUGGAACUCUGUCUUUUAAUUUGGUGAGAAUUCUGUAGUAGGUACGAGCUGCAUAGAAGUGUGUAGUUUUUCUCUUGUUUUUGUUUUGUUUUUGGUUUUUUCACAAUUUAGGGGGAAAAAAAAGAAGUCGUGUUCUUCCUUUUUUGAUGUGUAAGAUUGCUGGUUUAAACAAAGCAUCACUAUUCAGGAAAAGUGUAUGUUUACAUUAGACAGUUAUUUACAAAGCCUUUUUAGGGAACCUAAGAUUAAACCCAUGUAUAAUCAUCCCCUGUCCCCAGUUUGUAGGCAACAGAAGAGCUCACUUGUUUUUUGUUUUUUUAAAAUCACUGCUAUUCUUCUGCAAUCAUGAUUAUUGAAACUUUUCAUCUUUUCCAAUGUAAAUCUAGAUCAUUAAUGCAAAACAAGAGGUUUUAGACCACUUGUCCCAAGACUUCUGUGAUAAGCAAACAGAUUUCAUAAUCACAGAACCAUAGAAUGGGCCUGGGUUGAAAAGGGCCACAAUGAUCAUCGAGUUUCAACCCCCCUGCUUUGUGCAGGGUCACCAACCACCAGACCAGGCUGCCCAGAGCCACAUCCAGCCCGGCCUUGAAUGCCUCCAGGGAUGGGGCAUCCACAGCCUCCUUGGGCAACCUGUUCCAGUGUGUCACCACCCUCUGUGUGGAAAAACUUCCUCCUAAUAUCCAACCUAAACCUCCCCUCUCUCAGUUUAAGACCAUUCCCCUUUGUCCUAUCACUAUCCACCCUCAUAAACAUUCAUACCCCUUCCUCCUGUUUAUACACUCCCUUCAAGUACUAGAAGGCCACAGUGAGGUUUCCAUUGAGCCUUCUCUAAGCUAAGCAAGCCCAGUUCCCUCAACCUUUCCUCACAGGAGAGGUGCUCCAGCCCUCUGAUCAUCUUAGUGGCCCUCCUCUGGACCCGCUCCAAGAGCUCCACGUCCUUCCUGUACUGGGGGCCCCAGGCCUGGGUGCAGUACUCCAGAUGGGGCCUCACAAGAGCUGAGUAGAGGGGCACAAUCACCUCCCUCUCCCUGCUGGCUGCCCCUUUUUUAAUGCAGCCCAGAACACAGUUGGCCUUUCAGGCUGCAAGCACACGCUGCUGGCUCAUGUCCAGCUUCUUGUCCACUAGGGACCUCCAGGUCCUUCUCCACAGGGCUGCUCUAAAGAGGUUCUUUGCCCAGUCUGUAUAAACACCUGGGAUUGCUGUGGCCCAAGUGCUACACCUUGGCCUUGUUGAACUUCAUUAGGUUCACAUGGGCUGACUUCUCCAGCCUGUCCAGGUCCCUCUGGAUUUCCCAUUGCUCUUCAACUUUAGAAGCACUGCAUUUGGUAAACAUUCUAAUUGGUCAGUAUAUAUAUUUUAAAUGACUGUUCCAAAAAUAAAAAUAAUCAUCGUACUGGAAAACAUUCGGAAUCGAUAGGCAUGGCUCUGGCUCUGCAGAGAUGUUCCUAGAUCUGUGUAUUGGGUCUUAUUGGAGUCCUGCUGACCUCAGGGAAACUCCAUAAGGGCUGCAUUUGCCUAUAUAAGAAUUGCUUCCUUCUAACGGUCCCUGAUCAUGAUUAGGAACCUCUUGGAGAACCUUCCAGCCUUCUGCUGCAUGACGAAGUUUUCUCCCAAUGGAAACCAGUGCAUGGGUGAAGGGGUUGGAAGGGAAGAACUUCAUGUGGACCUGGUGUGUGCCACAUGUUGUUUCCUGUCAGAAUAUGGCCAGAAGAUAGACCUGCUGUGAAGGGCUAAGAGGUCCCGUUUCCUAUGCUGUAAAAGUAGUUUCAGGUUUAUGGGCCUUCUUCUGGUGUGGAGACCUAAUGUGUGAACCAUGAGUCGAUUUGUUUCUCUAAUCAUGUGGAAAAAGAAUUAGAAGGCAGUUCUGCUUCCUGACUUCAUGAACUUGACAGCCCAAAAGGGUGCAACAGUCUUUCCAAGAGAUGAUAGUUUCUUAAAACUAUUAGACUUGUAUCAGUUAACAAGGGAAUAAAAUAAUGUACUUUGAAAAAAAGGAAACACCUGCGUUUAACUGUAAUUAAAGUUGAUUUAAGAUUUAUUUUCUGAAACAGAGUUGUCUGGGGGGAAAAAAUGAAUAAGCAUUUGUCUAUGCAAGACAUGAAUGUCAAAAACAUGUUGUGUGACUCUUCCAUUUUCAGGUGCUAUAUUGUUGUUGUCUUCUGGCUUCUGUUAACUUCAAUUUAUCUUUUAAACCUUUCAGCCUUAUAUUCAGCUUGGUUCUGAGGGCUGAAUACACACACACACACACAAAUGUAGCUCUGGAAUCCUGUUGGAAAUGUAACUAAAUUUCAUUUUCUCAUGAAAAUCUCGCAUGUUGAACAAUUAAUUGAAAUGUUUUGGUUUCCUAAGAAUAAAUUCAAACUGUCACUGCCUCCUAAGGACAGAGCACAUCCAUGACAAUGCAAGUUGAACUGUAGUAUGCAAAUAAUGAAGUAAUCGACAUUGUGUUGAGUACCCUCAGCUCUUUGCUUGGCACAGCUGGAGGAGAGCAGUUGGCUUUGCCUGACUCACCCCCAGUCUGGAUUCCACACAUGCCUUUCUUGGCUUGCUGAGCUCUUUCAAAUAGGUACUGGGUUGUUUCAGUCCUAAAGUGACUCAAUCGUCCAAUGUAAUGCAUAGUGAAUUUGGCACCAACGCGCUCUUAAGAGAUUGCCCAAAUCAUGUUAUUUGUUCAUUCUUGUCACAUGGAAAUAUAAAAUGGUUUCUUUGUUUAUUUGUUUUCUGUGACUUGGUUAUUUAGGAUCUGCCGAGUGAUCACAGCUGUUUUUGCCAGAGAAAAGGAACAUGCAAGAAAAUGGCGGAAUGCUUGUUAACCUUGUUAUCAACCUUGUCAACUACUACAAACAAAUGUACCUUGCGUUAAUUGAAUCAUGUGUUUCAGAUCAUGACAGAAGUGGCCCGAAAAGCUGCCAGUGAGUUAUCAACGUUUGGUUUAUACGGCUGUCAGUCUUUAAAAUGCGGGCCUGUAACUUUUUUUCUCCCCUUCAUUGUUAAGCAAUAUUUGAAGCAACCCAUCCAUCAAAGGAUAGUUAAAAAUCAGAACGUGCUUCAUGGAUGACUUGUUUUUAGUCUGCUGCUCUCUGUGAACUGAAAAAGCACAUUUUUAAAGCAAAGCGCUCACAUUACUUUAGCAGUAUUGUUUGGAUGAAAGACAUGUUGGUUUGGUUUUCUUUUUCUUUUUUCUUUUUUCUUUUUUUUUUUUUUUUGAGAAAUCUUGAGCUAAGUUUCAAACUUGUUAAGCAUUUUUGGGGUUAGGGAUGAAUGUUCUUGGGCUUCUGUUUGUUUGGGUUUUCUUGUUUAUGCAAAUGAAGAAAAAAAGUCUACUGGUCCUCAGCGGUAUGGGGAUUUUUAUUACACUUUUGUAAUGCAGGAGCAGCUUUGAUGAAAGAAAGGAAUAGCAGAUAAAUAGUCCAUAACGUGUGUGACUUUGGGGUUUAUUUUUGUUGUUGUUUCAAAAUUGUUAAUUAAAAAUGGCAUGGACAUCAAACUUUCAA